AUGGACGAGUGGUGCACGAUCGAGUCAGACCCGGCGGUCUUCACCGAGCUGAUCGAGCGGUUUGGAGUGAAGGGGCUGGAGUUCAAGGAGUUGUACGCCACCGACCCCGCCACCCUCGCCCAGCAGGCUGUCCACGGCCUGGUCUUCUUGUUCAAGUGGAGUCGCCCCAAAGAGCCGAGAGAGUGCCUGGACAGCUACGACAGCUCGCUGUUCUUCGCCAGACAGGUGGUCCAGAACGCCUGCGCCACGCAGGCCAUCCUGGCAGUCUUGCUCAACCUGCCCUCCGCAGACCUCGGCCCCGAGCUGCGCAACUUCAAGGAAUUCGCAGGCGACUUCGACGCAGAGAUGAAGGGCCUGGCAAUCGGCAACAGCCAGUUCCUACGGGAUCACCACAACUCCUUCGCAGAACAAGGUAUCUUUAUAUAGCGGGAUAAGCGCUCCAGUGGCAAGAAGGAGGACGUCUAUCACUUCAUCUCCUACCUGCCCUUCAAGGGCAUGGUCUACGAACUUGACGGGCUCCAGAAGGGGCCUAUCGUCAUCGGGCCUGCCGGGGAAGACUGGACCGUGGUGGCCGCGGCUGCCAUCCAGAAGCGAAUAAGCUUUUAUGAGGCCAAAGAAAUCAGGUUCAAUCUGCUGGCGUGCUCUGAGGACACGGCGGCUAUCCUGCAAGAACGGCUGGUGCAGCUGCAGGAGGAAAAGGCGGAAGAGCUGCAGCAGCGGGCGCGCAGCCAGCGCGAGAACGAGCGGCGGAGGCACAACUACACGCCGUUCAUCAUCUAGUCCCUGAAGAUCCUGGCAGAGUCAGGCAAGCUGCCGGACAUCCUGGCCAAGCUCAAGCAGGAGCAGAAGUGA